AUGUCUGAUCUACUACCAUUAGCUACAUACAACCUAAACAUCGAACCAUAUACUCCCACACCUGCCAUCGAUGUGACAAGACCAGUCACGGUGCGGAUCACUAUGGCUGCGCUUAAUCCAGAGGCCUACGACGAUGAGAAGAAGCCUUCUACGUUGAGGAUCGUCAAGAGAAAUCCAGACUUCGAUGACGAGGACGAUAUCCUGAACGGGGACUACGAUGAGGACGAGUUUGACGAAGAGGAAGAGCAAGAGGAGGAAGAAGAAGAAGAAGAAGAAGAAGAGAAACCAAAGAAGAAGAAGGCCAAGAAGCAGGAAAAAGACGAGGAGGAGAAGGAGGAUGACGACGAGGAGGAAGAUGAUGACGAUGAGGAUGACGAGUUCGAGGAGUACGUUCUGUUAACCCUAUCUCCCAAGGGUCAGUACCAACAGUCUGUGGAUAUCACUAUCGCUCCAGAGGAGGAUGUGCAGUUUGUCGUUACAGGUUCGUACGCCAUCUCCUUGAGCGGAAACUACAUCAAACAUCCAUUCGAUGCAGUGAACAUGGAUGAAGACGAGGAAGACGACGAGGAGGGACAAUACUACGACAGCGACGAGUACGAUCUGACUCCGGAUGAGGAUGAGAUUAUCGACGACGAGUUGGACGACCUGGAGGAAGAGGCGAGCGAUGUCGAGGCGCGUGUUGAAGAGCUUGUCGAAGAGAAAGAGCAGGAGCAAGAGCAGGAGAAGAAGCCAAGCAACAAGAGAAAGCAGGAGGAAAAGCAGGAGCAGGAGGCUGCAAACAAGAAGGCCAAGAAGGAGAAAAAGGCCAAGCCUGCAGCUGAAAAGGAAAAGAAGAAAGUCGAGUUUAAGAAGGAGCUAGAAGAGGGCCCUACCAAGAAGACCCAAGACAAGCCAAAGACCAAGACCAGGGUCCUGGAGGGCGGUGUCACUAUCGAGGACCGCACAGUCGGCAAGGGCGCUCAGGCCAAGAAGAGCUCCAAGGUCGGAAUGAGAUACAUCGGAAAGCUGAAGAACGGCAAAGUGUUCGACAAGAACACCAGCGGAAAACCUUUCGUUUUCAAGCUGGGCCACGGCGAGGUCAUCAAAGGCUGGGACAUCGGUGUGGCAGGCAUGGCUGUCGGCGGUGAACGUAGAAUCAUCAUCCCAGCACCCUACGCCUACGGUAAGCAGGCUCUUCCAGGAAUUCCAGCAAACUCCGAGUUGACCUUUGAUGUUAAGUUAGUCUCCUUGAAAUGA